AUGGCGAGGUCCGCGCGUCCAGAAAAGGAAGAAGAAGAACUCCACCUCAAAACGGCUACGAACGCGCAAGAAGGCGCAAGCGGCGGCACUCGCGCACACGCAGAGGCAGUAACAACAUACAGCACCGCGGCUGAGGCUACGAGGGCCGAGCCAGUAGCUGUUGAGGCUGUGCCUCAGGCCUUGAAUGCUGCUCCAGAGGCUGGAGAUACAUCAGAUGCUUACCAGAUGCUGUGGGUUAACCCCCUCGUCAAGAAACGACGGCAAUACCAGCGGACGUGGGAACCUCGCGCUUAG